AUGAACAAGCAUUUCACUCGAAAUUUACUACCUCGAACGUUGGGCCUCGCUCUAUUACUCGCGACUCGUGAUCGCCUGUCUCCACUGGUUUUUGCCCUGGAGACCGCGGCUCAAAGCCUUUCCGACUCAUCUACCUAUAUCAGUCAUAAAGAUCAUGAUGCACAGUAG